ACUUGUCCAAAAUUGACACCCCUGCCUAGAUAUAUACAUGAGUGAGUCUCAUAAUCCCAGUUGCGCUUCACUGUAGCCUUGUUUGAUGUUCUCCCUCUGAUUUUGACGCCCAGAAUCGACUUUUACAUCAAUCCGUCUACCAUGAUCACAGAGAGCAAAGCUGCAAACGCCGUCGGAGGCAAGACGGCAAGAGCCUGUGACAGUUGUUUGCGCAAGAGGGCAAGAUGGUUUUGUCCUGCCGAUGAUGCUUUCCUUUGUCAGGUCUGCGAUGCAUCGGUUCACUCCGCAAACCAGUUAGCAAGUCGCCACGAAAGGGUUCGACUCGAGACUUCGUCUUUUAAGGCCGAAGAAUCUAGAAUUUCCCAUAAUUCUGUUCCGCCAUGGCUUCAAGGGUUCACCCGUAAACCUCGAACUCCACGAAAGCCUAAGAACGAGGAAAAGAUUACAAACCCUCUUCUUCUUGUCCCAGAACUUGGAAGUGAUGAGACUUACCAGGAUAGGAAUGAAGAACAACUUCUUUAUCUUGUUCCAGUUUUCGAUCCUUUUGCUGCUGAGCUGUGCAAUGGAUCGAAUGAAAUGGAUAAUAGUGACGAAAAAGCUGAAACAGUGAGAGAAUUGAACGAUUUUUUGACCGAUACUCCACACGAUGAAGCAUAUGAUUUGGGAUUUCUUCCCUCUGAUGCGGAGUUUGCUGCUGAUGUUGAGAGCUUACUCGGGACGGGUUUUGAUGGAGAUUCAUGUUGUAUGGAAGGGAUUGGACUAAUGGAUUGUAAAGAAGAGGAGGGUAUAGAUUUUUGUUUCGAGGAGAAAAGAGUGAAGGUUGAAGAUGGAGAAGCAGAAGCUGUUAUGGCCUGUAAUUUGGUUCCGGCGUUGGACAUGGAAAGAGAGGGUUUGGAUUGGAGCUUUGAGUUUGAAUCGGCGGUGGCGAACGAGGAGAAACCGGAGGAGAAGGUGGUGGUCUCGGCAGAGACGGUGGUGAUUGGCGGCGAAGGAAAAGCAGAAGUGAGGAGGGAAAUGUUGUUGAGGCUUAACUAUGACGAAGUCAUCACUGCUUGGGCCAACCAAGGUACCCCGUGGGCUGCAGGAAUCCGUUCAGAGUUUCAUCCUGAUGACUGCUGGGCUGAUUUUAUGGGAUCGUGUUCUUCGGGUGUUCAUCAUCAUUACGGAGGCAUUGGGGGACGAAUGGGAGGGGAUGAUGGAGGGAGAGAAGCAAGAGUAUCAAGGUACAAAGAGAAGAGAAGGACCAGACUGUUCUCAAAGAAGAUAAGGUAUGAAGUUAGGAAGCUGAAUGCAGAGAAGAGGCCUAGAAUGAAAGGUCGGUUCGUUAAGAGGACGUAAUUGGCAAGGCCGGGCUUCUCUUACCUGAUGAACUAAUGAUGAUGAAGGGAAAAUAACCGUCAACCGCCAAGUUUGCUUGUUUUCUUGGCAAAAUUGGAAUGAGUUGGGCCUUUGAUAGCGCAUCAACCUAUCAUAUACUAUAACUAAAUGGAAGUUUCUUUGAUGGAAUCUCUCUCUCUCUCUCUCAAAUU